CAACAUUAGAAACAAGAAGUGGAAGACAUAUUUGAUCUCAUCUUGAUUGUUGAUAAAACUGAUGAAUUUAAAAACAAAGUCACUCUUUCUUGUUCACAUAAAUAUAUAUUCUCAAUUACAAAAUCUCAACUUGAUGUUACAAAAGACUCAAGUCUUUCUUCUUGAGUCAGCUUUAAGAAUUGUGUUUCAGUCACUUACCUAUAUCCUCACAACGCUCUCUUUAGCAAUGAAACCUUCAUUCUUCCACAUCUCCUAAGUUAUCACAAGCUUUUCUUCCCAUGAUUGGAGCUUAUAAAAGUCAAACCUUCUUCUUUUCCUCGCAAUGCAUACAACAACAGGUUUUACAAAAAUGAAGCAAAACACAAAUGAAGCCAAUCAUUGCACCUUUCACAACCAUCAUUUACUGCAACUGUUGAACCAACCGCCACGUCCAAACCAGUCUCUUCCUUCAUUGGCACCAUUUCCGCCACCAGAUUCUUCUCUUUCCUUGAUCUUUUGUCCCACUUCUCGAACUCAUUUUUCUUCCCACCAAUAACGUUCUCCAAUGCUUUACGAGCUUGCUCCUGCAAAAUUGUCUUUUGUUCGUUUCCUCGUUAGAGAGAUAGAAAUUAAAGUGUAUACAGUUUGUAGUUCCUUAACAAACUAUUUACUGUAUAUAUCCAAAGAACCAUAGAUGAGGAAAUGCACGGUGUGUGAGAAAGUAUUUUAAAAUCACUAAUGGAAUAAUAAGUGAUUUAAAACAAAAAAACUAAGUCUUCUAAAAUCCCUAAUCCAAUACAUCCCCCUAAUUAUAGACUCUCGUUUUUGCUUUCCCUUUUUCCCGUUUUGCAAUAAGAUCAAUUUCCAAAAACUAAUAAACUACACACUUAGACUAAUUAUGUCGUCAUCUCCGAAAACCACAGUUCUAAGUUCAAAAUCAAAAUUUCCAAAAUUAAAGUAAAACUAACAUUAUUACCGUGCAUGUCGUCAUUAUUUUUUCUGGUUAAAUAAAAGCAUGUCGACAUUACUCCCAAAUAUUUACACAAUUCCAUAUAUUUAGGAUAUGAACACUUAAGUACAACCUAUCAAACAAAAUUCAAUAUCUCCAAAACCUCUGGAAACAAGAAUCUCUUAUAUAUAAGAAACGUGAGUUGUUCACUGUUACAAACUCACAAUCAAAGCCACAAAGGAAGAAGAAAAAAAAACAACCCUAACUUUUGUCAAAAGCAAACGAUGAUGAGUAGAUUCCGAAAAACCCUAGUUUCGGCUUUCGUUCUCUACUUGGUUAUUCUACCUCUUCUAGUCUCAGCGGCAGAGGAAGAAAACGAAUGCGGCGGAUCCAAGGGUGGCUCUGCUGCGGAGAAAGCAUCGGCUCUUAAAUACAAGAUCAUAGCUUUCUUUUCCAUCUUAUUCGCCGGAAUAUUUGGCGUUUGUUUACCUAUUUUUGGCCUCAAGUCGGAGAGCAACUUCUUCAUGUUCGUGAAGGCAUUCGCUGCCGGCGUAAUCCUAGCCACCGGUUUUGUCCACAUUCUUCCCGAUGCUACCGAGAGUCUCACGAGUCCGUGCCUUGGAGAAGAGCCACCGUGGGGGGAUUUUCCGAUGACGGGACUCAUUGCUAUGGCUGCAUCGAUCUUGACAAUGUUGAUUGAGUCCUUUGCUUCAGGGUAUUUGAAUAGAUCUCGGUUGGAGAAGGAGGGUAAGACUUUGCCGGUGAGUACAGGCGGAGAUAAGGAGGAACAUGCUCAUACUGGCUCUGCUCAUACUCAUGCCUCACAAGGACAUUCUCAUGGCUCUCUUCUUAUUCCCCAAGAUGAUCACAUUGAUAUGAGGAAGAAGAUUGUAACUCAGAUAUUGGAAUUGGGGAUUGUGGUUCACUCAGUGAUAAUAGGAAUAUCUCUAGGAGUUUCUCCAAGUGUAAGCACAAUAAAGCCUCUCAUAGCUGCAAUUACCUUCCAUCAAUUGUUUGAAGGUUUUGGCCUUGGUGGUUGCAUCUCUGAGGCAAAGUUUAAAGUAAAGAAAAUUUGGGUUAUGCUGAUGUUCUUUGCACUCACAGCACCACUAGGUAUCGGAAUUGGUAUUGGAGUGGCGGAGAUUUACAACGAGAAUAGCCCAAUGGCCCUAAAAGUGUCGGGUUUUCUUAACGCUGCAGCUUCUGGAAUCUUGAUUUACAUGGCGCUUGUUGAUUUGGUAGCUCCACUUUUUAUGAACCCCAAAGCUCAGAGUAGUAUGAAGAUACAAGUAGCUUGUAGCGUAUCUCUUGUUCUUGGUGCUGGUUUGAUGUCUCUUUUAGCUAUUUGGGCUUGAACGUUUUAGUUUUUUUUUUUUUGAAUUUUUUUUAGAACAGUGAAAUAACUUUUCGAUUUGGAUUUUGAUA